CAUACUGUGGCGUAAAAUGGAUAAGGUAAUUCGAUAGCACGUGCGUAUCCGGCAUUGCAUCCGCCAAAUUUGUCUACUCCUCUUUUGCAAUAGUCAUAUCACUGCUUUACUUAAAAUGGAGGAAACUGCAUGACGCAAAAUUCAUUCAUUAUGUUGAACACGACAAAUAUACAUUUGCCUCAAUUUAUCCUGGAGAUCAAGUUUUAAGGCAGAUCCGUAACAACAGCAACAGUAUCAAUUAACAAGCUUAAGUGACUCGAUAACAAAGCGUCAAUCAUUAUAAAAAUUACUUUGUUUAAUAAAUAGUCAACUGCAUUUGUUUUUCAGUUGAAUUCGCAAAUGAGCAGAUAAACAAUCUCUACACAAACUUUUCAACGUGUCAAUAUUUGUCGCAUAUUCAUACAAGAGUCGUGCAUUGUUGAUGCUCGUGCAUGCAAUUGGAAUCAAUAAUAAAAAUGGUAUUGACCAAAAAGAACAUUUCUUUAGUUUUGAGCACUACAAUUCCAUACACAGAACUCACACAGUUCCUGACUCGUUGUUGCAUCACGCCAUUGGAAUACGGAAAUUUGAGUAAUUAAUCAUCAUCCCAUACAAUCGAACACACAUAUUUUUAACCAAUUGCCUUGAUUUUGUUUUACAAUUCAAUUCGCAUUUUCUUUCUCUGCAUCUCUGCAUCAUCAGCAUCAUAUUAGCAGCACAAUUACGAGACCAGUGGAGUUGGUGGAGUGUGCAAGUGAUCGAGAUUGGUACAUAUAAAAUAAUAAUUCGUAUGCAGAUAUGAAGGCAUGCUGAUAGCAAAUUUUCCUACUCUCAUCAAUCAAUACGCGAUUGACAGUGGUGUUGACGAAUUAAAAUGCGCCCAUAGUAUUCCCAUCCCCAAGUAAACCUUGCCCUUGUGUACAUUAUCCAGUGAUUGAUUGACAACCUGUUUAUCGUUAUUUUGUUUAGAUGAACGACCGCCCCGCUGACGAGGUACAAGUGUCAAGUCGACGACAAACUUGAAUGAGAGGUCAUUUCGCACUCGAAAGAAGAUAUCACUUGCUGAGACUGAAUAGUAUUCAUUCUCAUUCCGAGAGUGAGAGAUGGACAUGGUUGUCGAGCCAGAGGGUGAAUUAGAGACUGAGAGGUACAUUUCCACCACCACCACCACCACGACCGUCAUGUAUGGAGAAAGUACUCUCAUGAUUCUCUUUUGCGUCGCUGGACUCCUAGCCAACGUUCCCGUUAGCUGCCUCUACUUCCGGUCCAAGCACAUCCGAUCCAUUACCGACAAAUUUUUGAUAAAUCUUCUAUUGGCCGAUAUCGCUUCCGUGAUCCUCCUGUUCCCAAGCAUUUUGUGGAGCUUUUUGAAGACCACUACAGACACGGAAUAUGUUGUAUCAUCUCAGCAGCAACCUACACAAUUUUCCUCGUCACAGAAUCAAGGGAAUCUCUUUUCUAAUGGUCAUAAUUUUACGACUGUGAAAGUAGACGAUAUUCCCUUCGGGGCAGGAUACUACGGCCUGGCUGCAUCUUGGCGCUGGGACUGCGCCCUGACUAAUGGAAUCUUAGCCGGCUUGGCUGCCGCGUCUGUAUUAGCAGCGUUGGAGAUUGCAAUGGAAAGAUAUUUGGCUGUCGUCAAGCCACUUCACUACCACAAGUUUCUCACCACUCCCAGUAUUCUCGCCACCUCCGUCAUCGGAGGAUUAAUUUCACUCGCCACGGCCAUCAUCGCAUCUAUCGAACCCAGUUUUUCCGUUUUCCCUCACUGUCUCCAAGUUCAACGUCAAGUACAUCGUGCUGCUCGAGUCAGUCGAGAGAUCUUGCUGAAUUUGAAGAUGCAAAAUAGGACGGAAGAACAACAAAAUGAUCUCGAUGAAAACGAGGCAGGAACGAUGACGUUGGGAGGAUUUCACCCUCCAAGCCAUUCUUCUAACCUUACCAAAGAUGAUGACGUGUUCAUCCAUCCUAGUCCCACCAGUGGAGAUCUCAUUUGGUCACUGUACUCCUUGACCAGCACUAUUUUUCUAUUCGUAAUUCCAGUCAUCCUAAUGAUUUAUAUUUAUACUAAAAUCUGGUUGGAGGCGAGACGGCAGAAGAUCAAGAUUGCAAACCAGUACAAACCAUAUUUUCUCUCAGUUUCUCCCGAGCAUACUGUGAACAAAGAGUCUGAAGGAAAAAAGGUGAAAGGAGCAGCAUUUCUGCCCAUUGUAGUCAAAUUUCGACUGAUGAACCGUCUGCGAGUUGCUCGCCUAGAUAGAGCUGGCCGUGUCGCAGUUGUCGCCCUUUUCGUCACAAUUCUUUGCUGGUCACCAUAUUAUUUUCUCAAAGCAAAUAGUGCCAUACAAACCAUCAUGACAAUUUACGGAACCCAAUCUCAAAGUUACUCCGCCGUAUCGUCAAACUUGGUCUGGUCAUGGAGUACAACCGUUCUGCCACUACUUUUCGCAGGGCUGCACCCGCUCCUCUCCCCCCUUUUCUACGCUUAUCGAUACAAACGGAUGAGGACAGAGAUUUACAAAUGGAUCUCCUCCUUCUGCACGUCUCAUGACCAGUCCAACACCAACAACCGUUUCGAUGGAAAAAGUCGUUCAACUCUCAACACAAAUAGCAGUUCUGGAGGCGGAACCCCUUGCAUUCGCCAAGCCAUCAUUACACAACAAUUGCAGCCACAACAACCCUCAACAGUCAAUCCCUUGCUGGGAGGAGGAGGAAAUGGAGGGUACUAUCGGGGUGGUGAAAGUAAUAAUAGCGUCAAAGUCGUUGUGGAUCAUGUUGUUGAGCAACAAGACCAAAGCGUGCUGAUUGAACCUGAAGCCGAAGAAGAAGGCACAACCUUCACAAGUCCCAGUCACGUAAAGGAGGAAGUUAAGAACGAACAAGGGCACUACAUUCACCAUCAAUUUCCACCCUCACACAUUCAGAUCAACAUCUUUUCCUCGGAUGAUGACCAGAGUAGUAUUGGCAAUGCAGCCCUGGAGACCGAUCUGCAGGACAACGACAACGCUGCACGUGACAUUGACUCUGAUCGGGAUGACCAAUCUCCAAACUCAUUUGUCGGAGGGAUUGUUCGUGUGGAGCGUUCCGUGGGCAACUUUUUUAAUUAUUUGAACGUCUGGGUCAACUCUUAUUCUCGUCGAUGGCUCCAACACCGAGAAUCUGUCACUUCCACUGCCUCCUUUAUUACUCUGUUGUCCUCAAAGUACCACAACAAAACUCACACUGCUGCUAAUGUGUAGUUGGAUAAGUUAAUGUAUUUCGAAUUUUUAUCGCGUUAUUUAAAAGAGCCAACUUUUCUCUGAACAUAGAAUACUCGAUCUUUGGAUCUAUACUCUGACUGGUACAUUUCUUGCAUUUGUAAUGGCGUCGUACUAAGCGGUACACAAACGAACUCAGUAGUAAUAAAUAAAUAAAUAUGUAAUGUAAUAAUAAAAUAAUUCGACUCAACCUUUGUUACCUUGUUUAAUCGUGCUGAUGAAAAGAUGAAUAUUUUUGUUACGUAACCAUUUUGUUUUAGUGUAUUUUGCUUGCUUUGUGUCUCGUAAAAUGUAAAACUUUACACGUACAGUCAAAAAAAUCACAUUUUAUAACUUAUAUUAUUCAUAAAGAUAAAAAUUCUCAUUACUGUCAUUAAAAAUAUAACUAUUACUUCCCAUUUAAACUGAACGUUAUUAAUUUAAUGGGAAAUUAUAUUACUUGUAACCGCUAGUAUUAUAUGCACGUUAGGUUAUGUAAGAAAAUGUAAUUAUAGAAACACUCACUGUUUGUUUUAAAGGCACAUUUUUAAUUUAUUUCAUUUGACAAAUUGAUAUGUCCCAAUACAGUGAACAUUAACUUACAAAAUUAUAAUGAUAUGAAUAUUAAUAAAAAAUGUUUUACAGUA